GAUGCAUUACCGUGAAGUUCGAACAUAAAUGCGUGAAAUGAUCCACUUCAAAAUUAUGGGUGGCGAAACGAGCAUUAAAAAGGGGCUUCGGCUCCAGCAUUAUGAUCUGCGCAUCUUGUGGUCCGUUCUUCUGCAGGCUGGAACGAUUGGGCGGUGAAGGUACCCUUGAAACUGGCACCGGCGCCACUAAGAAAGUGAAGCAACAUAUCGAACCACGAAGAGCACUAUCUUUGAAAGCUUUUCUUUUACCUACUCUGUACAUAUCAUAGAGCUGUAGGCAUAUCAAUCGUUCAAGAUGCCUGCCUCGACCUCCAUCCUCACCACCAUGAGCUCCGUCAAUGACCAGACUCCUACCCGUCUGCGAGGAGUCUCGCAAAAAGCCACUACCGCAUCGGCAGCCCCUCCAUUAGAAGUCAAAGAGCAUGAUUUCUUCUGGACAUACACCGAGGAACCUCAUCGGACAAGGAGACAAGCUAUCAUUAAAGCUCAUCCAGAGGUCACGAAGCUCUGCGGGCCAGAGCCAUUAACGAAAUACCUCGUCCUCGCUGUUGUUUCCUUACAAGUGCUUUGCGCAUACAUGUUGAAAGAUACACCGUUCCUGUCUUGGAAGUUCUUCUUGACGGCCUAUAUAAUUGGAGCGACUGCGAACCAGAAUCUGUUUUUGGCUAUCCAUGAGAUCUCUCACAACUUGGCUUUCAGAUCUCCUAGUGCGAAUCGCAUGAUUGCUAUCUUUGCCAAUCUACCUAUUGGGAUACCGUAUAGUGCCUCUUUCAGGCCAUACCACCUCACACACCACAAAUCCCUCGGCGUCGACGGCCUCGACGCAGACCUGCCCACCGCCCUCGAAGCCGUGUUCCUCGACUCCAUCCUGGGCAAAGCAUUCUUCUGCACCUUCCAAAUCCUGUUCUACGCCAUCCGCCCCAUCUUCGUCUACAAAGUCCCCUUUACCAGCAUCCACUUCGCCAACAUCGCCAUCCAACUCCUCUUCGACUUCCUACUCGUGAAACUCACCUCCUUCCAUGCCUUAUGGUACCUAAUCCUCUCCUCCUUCCUAGCAGGAAGUCUGCACCCCUGCGCAGGCCACUUCAUCGCCGAGCACUACAUCUUCGAGAAACAGCCCGCCGCAGCAAGAGAUCCGUUAACCAAUACCCCGGUCCCGGAAACGUUCUCGUACUACGGAGCGCUGAAUAUCUUGACGUAUAACGUGGGCCUGCAUAACGAGCACCAUGACUUCCCGGCCGUGCCGUGGAGCAGGUUACCGGCGCUGCAUGAGCUGGCGAAAGAGUUCUAUGCGGAUCUGCCGCGGCAUGAGAGUUGGGUGGGGGUGAUCUGGCAGUUUGUGUGGGAUCGCGAGGUCGGGAUGACUUGUCGGGUGAAGAGGAAGGAGGGGGGGAGGAAGGUAGGGAGUUGGACGAUGGAGGAGGUGCAGGCUUGAGUUGGAGAUGCUG